AUGGGUAUGAUAGAAACAGCAGGAAUCCUUGGCACUAGAGCUGAGUUAAUGAAAGAUGAUGAACUGCCCGAAUCCACAAGAAUUUGCACCGGAAUAUCAGCAAUGGAGCCCACCAAGCGAACUGUACGCACAGCAGGGGGAACCAGAAACAACUGCUUUAAAAAUUGCCAGACAGACCUGCUCAGUGAUUUCAGUGGUGUCGGACUCCUCUGGCUCUUCCUCGUCAGGACAGAAACCCCAGAAAGCCUCAACAGUGUGAAGGACCUCAGGAGCACACUGAUGAUCCUUGCUCCAUUUGGCAUUGCAUUUGUAACACAGACCCAAUGCCCGGCGAUAGGAUUUGAUCGCUGCCAGCUUGGAAUCAGUGGACGGAGCCGUUGCUGCAGGAGGCUUCUCAGCACAGGGCAAAGCCGGCGACGGCGAUGGCAACGGGCUGCAACCAAUUGCUUAGAAGAUGACCAAUCACCAGCUCUUGAUGAACGGGCCAGCGGCGCCGGGUUCGCCUCUUCCUGUAACAUAGCAAGAGUGCAGGCAGUAUCCAAAUUGGGAGGCCACAAUACAAGUACGAUAGCCUUGAUAUCAGGACGAAGACCAUCGAUAAAUCUCAUAGUGAAGUACAUGGGAUUUGUAUUAGAGGAAUAA